AUGGCAGAACACACUCCUCAUCCUGCCACAGACACGAGCAGCUCGCGUACCUCAGACAUCUCAAUGCUCCGGCCAAGUUCAACCGGGCCAGAGAAUCCCUUCACCUUUGAAGGAGGUGAUAUCUGCAUCACCGUCAACUUUCAUGGCGAGGAGAUGAAAGGCAAAGUUAUCAGUGGCUCCAUGGCGUCUGCCAGUCAGGUCUGGAAGAGAUUUCUAUUCCCACCAUGGUGCAAAGAAGAAGAUGGCCCUGUUAAGGAGCUGGAUUUCAAGGAAGAUGAUGGUGAAGCUCUCUUGACACUCCUACGUAUCGUUCAUUUCCAAUUCGCCAAAAUCCCCACGUCUUUCGAGGCAUCGAUCAAGCCUCUCUAUGACAUUGCUGUGCUCUGCGAACAAUACGAUUGCGUUUCUAUUGUCAAGCCAUGGACCGAAAGAUGGUGUGUUAGCCUACAUGAUAAGAGCUUGCCAUUGUUUGCAAGUGAUACCAGACGGAAGGUGUACAUUGCUUGGGCUUUUGGAAUGGCAGACAAUUUUAGGCACACGGCGAAGACAAUUCUGGAGAAAUGUACGGCACAGGAGAAAGGAACCUUGCAGGACGAUGAGGCUAUACUCCCUGAGAAGUUACUUGAAAGCAUCCAGAGUAUUCGUGAGAAUACCCUGACUCAACUUCUCGAUAUUCCCUACCAACAUCUUCAAAGAUGCACGAAGACAUCUCCCUGUGGCGAUAAACGAUGCAAUCCUCUCAUAUACGGUAGUCUCUUACUGGAACUUGGUCGACGCGGAUUGUGGCCUAAAAAGACGCCAGAGGAGAUCAAAGACUCCGUCACAACUAUUGCAGACCUCAUACGAGAUAUAGAAGUGCUCUAUCCUCGAGAACACCCCGCAGAUUUGGAAUUGAUGAGCUCGGAAGAGAAAACGCACUCACCGUGUCGAGUAAACUACAGCAACAAGGUAUGCAGGGUCAUGGCCGCUAUGCCAAACCCGACUCUUGAUUGCCAUCUCCGACACAUGCAGCUUAGGAGCGGGAUCGCCACUGUUAAGGAGCUUACUGCUGCUCCAUGCAGUCCGGGUUCUUCAAGUUCGUUCUCAGAGCCCGAGAAAAAGCGACCAAUGGUUGUUAUAUCACCAACAUCCAGCCCAGCGAAUGCUAGGGGCUCUUCGGCUAGACAGAAUGGCUCUCGCUGGUCAUCCCUGAGUUCCGCAGGAUCCAGGGCUCCACCCUCAACUAGCACAUCACUAGGGUUCUCUUUAAACAGACGAGCAUGCCGUUUGUGCGGAAAACAGCAUCUUUCCUCCUUUGGUUGUGAUGGAACUCCAGUUCGUGGCACGAAACGACCACUACCCUACUAG